GAGCUCUGGCGGUUGGCAGGGCAACCUUGUUCAGUUGGUGGGAAGCAGUGGAAGUAGAAGGAGCUCCCUGUGUGCUCUCUUCUCCGCAAUCACAGCUAUCAGGCUUCUUGCAUCUAGACCCAUUCUAAAUAAACCAAGCAGGUUCCCAAGGGACCCUUGCAGGCAAGUCGGCUCAGGGGAGGCGGCAGAGGCGGGGUGCGGGCUGCUAGUGGGGUGCAGCCCCAUAGCCAGGGGCUGGCCCUGCCAGCGUGCCGUUGUUGAGAAGCGGUGGAAGUGCUGAGCUCUGCAGACUUGGAAGCAAGGGAAGGCCCAAGCUGCUGGAGAGGAGCGGGGCUACCCCAUGGGGAACACGCUGAGCUGUUGCUUGGGCACCAACCCCAGCCCCAGGCAGGGUCUAUCGAGGGGGUCUGCGGAGCUGUACUGUGGCUCUGACAUCUAUGAGGCGGUGGCAAGCAGAGGUGCAGGCCAGGGCAGAGAGGAGCAGAGGCACAGCAGAUGGAACAUGCUGUUCCCCAAUGCCAGCCCCAAGCGGGGCCAGCACAGGGGGUCUGGGGAGUUGUCCUGCAGCGCUGAAAUCUAUGAGGCAUCGUCAAGCAGAGGUGCAGGCCAAGGCAGAGAGGAGCGGAGGCGCCACAGAUGGAACAUGCUGCUCCCCAAUGCCAGUCCCAAGCAAAGCCAGCCCGGGGUGCAGUGGACGGAACCGCCCUGCAGCUGUAACAUCACGGAGGCGGAGGUGGCAGUGGCACCACACCCCCCUGCUGUGGAGCCUGCCCAGUCUGAUUUCGGAGCCCAAGAGGGCCAUGACCUGCAGCACGUCGGCGACCAGGAGAUGCCCAAAGAUUUUGCUUCUGACCAUCCAAGGGAAAGCACACUCUUCCUGAGAAAAUAUCAAAUGAGUGUGGAAGAAAAGAGGACCUCUCGCCUAUAUCAUAUACCUCCAUGGCAUCUUGAUAGAAAAUACAGCUCAUGUUCCACCAUAUUGCUAGAUAACAGCACAGUCAGCAAACCUGAUCUUAGACACACACUGGAAAGUGUGACUUUGGCAAUAUAUUACAACAUAAAGCACAGAUACGCAAAUAGAUCUCUGGCUAUUUUUGAUGAGCCAAUACAUCCACUUUCACAAGGAAAUUCUUCAGGGAAAUCCUUCGAGGAUGAUCCCAAAUGCAACUGUAUUUUCAGAUAUUUCUGUACUCUUUUUCAAGUCACAAAACUAACAGCUCCAUGUGCAAUCGUAGCUUUGGUGUACAUUGAACGACUUUUAACUAGUGCUAACAUCGAUCUUUGUCCUACUAAUUGGAAAAAGAUUGUCCUCGGAGCUGUGCGUCUUGCCUCCAAGGUUUGGAGAAACCGUGGUCUGUGGAGUGAGGAUGACAGCCAGAAUCCCCAGGACGUUGCAGUUGAGAACAUGAGCAAGAUGGAGAAGUGUUUUUUGGAGUUACUUGAGUUUAAUAUUCAUGUGUCUGCCAGUGUUUAUGUAAAAUAUUACUUUGACCUGCGUGCCUUGGCAAAUGACCAUGACGUGUAUUUUCUAUUUCAUUUUCUUCACAAAGAUAAAGCCCGGAGACUGAAGGCUAUGUCACGGCCGUGUGAAUACAAAGACUUGCAUCAAGAUGCCGCUGCUAUGAAAAGGGCUAUCAGCAUGAAUUUCAUUGGUAUUCGGUGCCCUAAUGCCAUCUUAUCUUAAAGAGAGAAAUUAGCCUUAUAAGAUCCUGAACUUCUCAACUAUAAAGACAAGAAAAUACUUGUCCUGCUGGAAAAAAAAAUUAGGAUUUUCUUUUUUUCUUUUUUGUUUUUUGUUGUUAUUGUUAGUGUUUAGGAUUUUCAUCAAGAGGAAACAUCUUCCAUCAAGAGGAAACAUCUCCCAGUUACCACACGGUGGAUGGGUCAUGGUGGCAUGAACAGUGGGUGCCAGGUGCUUCCUGCCCUUCCUCUUCCACUGGUUCCAGAUGGCAUUCCUAGGGCACCACCUUCCUGAACAACUCUUGGGGAGGAAGAGUGUCGCAUGGACACAGCACAUCCCAACUCAGAGUCUACAGUCACCCACAGUCUUAAGCAGGUGCCAGUGGUGUCCACAGUCACCCACAGUCUCAAGCAGGUGUCAGAGGUCUUAGCUGAGCUGGAGCUCAAAAAACUUUAGAAUUGGCUCCACAUUUGUGAAAGUACCUGGGUUUGGUUCUCUGUCCACUGAGGCACUGAAUGCACGAUGGCCCAGAAGUCAACAAUGGUGGGAAGAGGGAGUGGCAUCAGGGCCAGGCUGUCAUUACUCCAAGGACCAGGGUAGCUCAGGCCUGCUCAUCUAGUCUUUGGAGGGAAUCUUUGUGUGUGAAAUGAGGCCUCCAAGUCAUGGUUAUAAAGGAAGAGAUGAAAUCAGCUCAUCUUCCCCCAGGCCGAUAAUGGUCACACCACCUAGGGAAGCAGCAGCAGACCAGGCCUUGGGAUUGUUAGGGGAGCUACGGAAGUGAACACUGAAUUUACCCAGUUCCAGGAAAACAACAAAGGAGGAACAUCUGGGUUCAAAAUGUUAUCAGAAGAUCAUUUUCCCAGCUAAUCUUGCCCUGGUGCAUUGUAUGGUCUCAGCACUUGUCAACAAAACAAAAGCCCCUCAAUAAUUCUAACACAGGGAAACACCACAACUCACAUUUUCCAGUGCACUGCAGAGGUUCAGGAGAUUGCUGGUGCUGCCUGCAUCUGUCAGUCUGUUCACAUAUGGAGAGGAACAGCGGUUCUCAUGGGAGUGGCUUCUGCAUCCUGAGGAAGUUUGCCCAGACAUUGGUUGUAAUAACUGGUGGCACCCACUGACAUGCAGUCCACAAUGGGAAUCCUGUGGUGCAAAGGAAUGCCCCCCUUUUCAAUCAAGAAAUAACUUUCUGGCUUCCAAAAUAGAAAGAUCUGAGGAUCAACUGCCUCAGAGACUACAAGGGAAACACUUUCUGAGACUGUUUUUUUUUUUCUUACAAGAACACCAGAUCCCCACCAAUGUGAGAUGUUAGAUCAAGUUUUAGUGCAAGGGUAGAUGUUGGGGGCAGAAAUCUAAGAUGCCCCAUGAUCCCUGCUGUCUUUUGUUACACCCUGAAUCCUCAUCUUUCCUUGGGUACGGCCAAACCAGUGCCUUGUUCUAGACGUUUGAAUAUGGCAAAGUGAGGGAGUGGCUCUCUGGGAGUUACCUUUCCUUUCCUUUUAUCAGGAACAAUAGGAAUCCCUAUUUUCUUUCUUGUGUUUACUUUCACAGUGCAGUGGUUUGGAAUAUCCCACUAUCGAUUUGUGACUUCCUCUUCCAACCAUAAUCUAUGGCCCUUUGUAUGUAAUUGAAUAUUUUCAUGUAUUGACAUUUUGUGUCUGAAGAUGAAAUGUUAGACUAAAUCUAUGAAAACAUUUCAUGCAAAGCCUUCAGUGAUUGUAGAGUCUACUCUUUGGUGAAUACACAAAUUGAUCUGUUAAAAAUUGUAUUAGAUGUGAUAAUGAUAUUUUCUUUUUUAUCUUCACCUGUUAGAUAUACUUACUUUAAUUCUUCCAAAAUUAAUGAUAUGAUUUAAAAUACUACUAGGAUAUUUGGAGUUGAUAGUUGAAAAUAAAAGGCAAAAUAAGAAUUACUGAGGCCUAGUGAUAAUGUAUUUAGGAUGGGUUUAUUAUGUACUAUCCCUAUCAUUAAAUGUUUAAAUUUCCAUGCAAACCUAUACAUAAGAACUUGAAAUGUUCUAUAAAACCCUUCUUGCUCUGCACUUGAGCUCCAGUGCAUAACAAAUAAAAGGAAAAUGGAUUCUCCUUCCGGAA